GGGGGGGCGGGAGGGAAGAGAUCUGGGAAAAGGUGCCGAUUAGUCGGUCGCCUUGACGAGAGACUUUCGGGGAAGAGAGAUGACGACCAUGACGCCCGGUGGAAGAGAGACGGGGAUGCCCGGGGGAGACUCGAUAACGUAGGAUAAAAGUGAGGAUGGAUGGCUGUCUCCCUUGAUACGGCGAAUAGCUCGGAUAUUAAUUUAAUCCCAUUCGAUUGCUCGGACAUCGGAGAAAGAGCGCACUGAUCGCUUUUUAAGGACCGUCACUAGUGCGCGCGCACCGAGUGGACCACGUGGUCGCUGUCAACCGCGGCACGCGUGGUCGCUGUCAAUCGGGACCCACGUGGUCGCCGUCAAGGGGUCGCCGCUCAAAGGGAAGAAUAAUCGAAACUCGCGGUUCCCGCGGAUGUACGUCGAGGUGACGACCGUACCGGAAGGCGAAAGGGGCGAAGAGAGCUUCAAGAUGCCGCGAGCUUCCGUGGUCCACAUGACGUCUACGGCGACGAGGCCCCAGCACAUGGCGCAGGUCCUGACGACCCUGGCCCUGUCCAUGGGGACCCUGGCAUCGGGCCUGGCCAAGGGGUACACCUCGCCUGCCCUGGACUCCAUUUUGGAUGCCCAACCAACGCAUCUCUAUCAGUCGACCGGUAACGACACUUGGUCGGGCUUUUCCGUGACGAAGCAGGAGGCCUCGUGGGUGGCGUCCUUGUCGAUGCUGGGCGCCUGGUUCGGGGCGAUGAUAGGAGAUUGGAUCAUGCGACGAGGACGAAGGCUGGCCCUUAGGGUGACGUCCUUGCCCCUGACCACGGCAUGGAUCCUCACGGCAGUGGCACCUUACGUCCAGCUGGUCUACCUGACGAGCUUCGUCGGGGGUUUGUGCUGCUCGGUCAUCAUGAUGGUCACCCAGGUGUACAUAUCCGAGAUCUCGAUGCCGGGCAUCAGGGGAUGUCUAUCGGCCAUGUUGAAGGUGGUCGGCCACGUGGGGGUCCUGCUGUCGUACAUGGCAGGGACGUACCUCGACUGGCGACAAAGUGCCCUGCUGGUCGCCAUAGCCCCGUUGAUGCUGUUCCUGGGGUCCAUCUUCAUCCCGGAGACGCCUUCGUACUUGGUCCUCAACGGGAGAGACGAGGAGGCCGCGAGGAGCUUGCAGUGGCUUCGAGGCUCCCACGUGGACGUCAGGCACGAAUUGCAGGUCAUCAAGACCAACGUCCUGGCAUCCAGGGCGAAGCAGUACGGCCUGACCUUCCGCAACAGCGUGUUCACCCCGCGGCUGUACAAGCCGAUCGCCAUCACCUGCGGCCUCAUGUUCUUCCAAAGGUUCUCGGGUGCCAACGCCUUCAACUACUACGCCGUUAUCAUAUUUCGCCAGACCCUGGGAGGGAUGAACCCCCACGGGGCGACGAUAGCGAUCGGCUUCGUGCAGCUUCUUGCGUCCCUCCUGUCAGGUUUCCUGAUCGACAUCGUCGGCCGCCUUCCUCUGCUGAUCGCCAGCACGGUAUUCAUGUCCUUGGCCCUGGCCGGAUUCGGCAGCUACGCCUACUACAUCUCGAUGUCGCAGACGCAAAACCUCCCUUACGCCGACCCAUCGGUGAUCGGACAACACGACUGGAUUCCUCUCCUCUGCGUGUUGGUGUUCACCACCGCCCUCGCUUUGGGCAUAUCGCCAAUUUCGUGGCUAUUGAUUGGCGAGCUCUUCCCUCUGGAGUACCGAGGUCUCGGGUCCAGCAUCAGCUCCAGCUUCAGCUACAUCUGCGCCUUCUUCGGGAUCAAGCUCUUCAUGGAUUUCCAGCAGUUGCUGGGCCUGCACGGAGCGUUCUGGUUUUACGCGGCGAUGGCGGUGUGCGGCCUCUGUUUCGUGGUGUGCUGCGUCCCGGAGACGAAGGGGAAGCAGCUGGACGAGAUGAACCCAGAAUACGCCCAAGCCCGGUAGUAUAAGGCCUCCCUCACGGGAGGGCUGUCGAACCUGGAGAAGACGAGCAAGCCACUGCCAGGAGGGGCCUACCCGAACGAGCACGACCCCCGUGCCCUGUACAGUUCGACCCCCGGUCCCCAUAGGACGACCAACCCCUCCA